AUGGCCACGGACGAACAGCACCAGCGACACAGCCGCAACGGCGGCGUGCACACCGGCCACCACUUCCUCAUCGUGGCCUACGGCGUCCAGAGCCACCUCAACCCGUGCCGCGUCCUCGCGCACCGCCUCGCGCGCAUCCACGGCGUCGACGGCUCCGGGCCCGUCCUCGCCACGGUCUCCCUCCCGGUCUCCGCUCACCGCCGCAUGUUCCCUUCUUCCCGAGACGUCGACAACAAGGAUGCCGCCAGCGCCACCGACGGCGUCGUCUCUUACGCUCCAUACUCCAACGGCCUCGACGACGGCUCCAUGGCCAGAGACGGCGAGGCCAGGGCGCGCAGCCGCCAGGCGACCUUUGAGAGCCUGUCAGCCGUCGUCGCCACCCUCGCCGCACGUGGCCGGCCCGUCACGUGCGUCGUUUGCAGCAUGGUUCUCCCCGCGGCGCUGGACGUCGCGCGUGAGCACGCCAUCCCGCUGGCCGUGUACUGGAUCCAGCCGGCCACCGUGCUCGCCGCGUACUACCACUACUUCCACGGCCACGGCCACCUCGUCGCGUCCCACGCCGCCGACCCCGCGUACGAGGUGUCCCUGCCCGGACUGCCCCGCCCGCUCCGGAUCCGCGACUUCCCGUCCUUUCUCGUCGACACCACGGGUAGCGAGCUGGCCAAGGUCUUCAACGAAGCGGCCGGAGAACUGUUCGAGCGCUUGGGCGAUCACGGCUGCACCAAGGUUCUCGUGAACACUUUCGACGAGCUGGAGCCGGCAGCGCUGGCAGCCAUGAAGGAGCACCUAGACGUGUUCGCCGUCGGGCCGGUGAUCGGAUCCUCCUCGGCCGAGCCGCGCAUCCACCUGUUCAGCCACGCCGGCGCCGACGUGAAGAGGUACAUGGAGUGGCUGGGCGCGCAGGCGGCGAGGUCGGUGGUGUACGUUUCGUUCGGGAGCGUAUGGACGUACAGCGAAAAGCAGAUGGAGGAGAUUGCCAGCGGGCUGCGGCGGUGCGGGCGGCCGUACCUGCUCGUCGUGCGCAACGACGGGCGGCAGGAGGACGUGAGCCGGAGCCUGGAUGACCUCGUGCAGGAGGGGCUGGGCAUGGUGGUGGAGUGGUGCGACCAACCCAAGGUCCUGUCGCACCCGUCCGUGGGAUGCUUUGUCACGCACUGCGGCUGGAACUCGACGCUGGAGGCCAUGGCCCUCGGCGUGCCGGUCAUCGCUGCGCCAAGCUUGUUCGACCAGCCGACGAACGCGUUCUUGAUAGAGGAGGAGUGGGCUUCCGGCGUCAGAGGGGAACGCAACAGCGAGGGCGUCUUCACCGGGGAGGAGCUCGCGAGGUGCGUGGAGCUGCUCAUGGGUCAUGGCCCGAGGGCUAUUGAGAUCAGGGAAAGAGUAGAGGCUCUGAAAGGGAUGGCGCAAGAGGCCGCGGCUUCGGGCGGGCCGGCGGAGCGGAGCCUCCGAAGCUUUGUCAUGGCAGCCGGUUCGUCGGAUGAAGUUUGCAGGAAUACACCACCAAAUCUGUCCAAAUCGAUUAAGUCGAUGCAUGCUGGAGUGGAUCAGCUAGCUCUCUCGAUCGGUCGGAGUUAA